AGUGCGUCUGUCAACAUGAGUGGGCACUGCUGGGCAGAGAAGCAGCUGGAUGUGCGCUAUUCGCGACCUGCAGAUUUUAUUUCAUAUCCGCCUUUGGCACAUAAACCGAGUAUUGUUCCAGACCCGGUGAGAACCCGGUGUCAUGCAUUUUGUCCAUGCCAAAAAUAUUUUGCCUGUACUUGGAACUGAAACUUACGAGCCUGGCGUUAGCUACGGCGAACUAUGUAGCUUGUAAGCUAGGUAGGUAAAAUUAGCAGCAUCCUGGCCGCUGAUGCCGCUUUACUAUGGUGGCUGGUCGGCUGAAUAAACAAUUUCCCAUUUAUUAGCCCGCACAGCAGGACAGCGUUUAGCAGAAGUUACAAUACUGGAAAGUGUCUUUGUGUGUAUGCGAGUGGUUCAAGUUUAUAAUAUCUGACACGGGCUAACUAACGCUAGCUUGUGUAUUUGCGUGCGGACUAGCUUCGCCUGCAGAGAAGAAAAUUCCGGGAUGACCUAGGAAAUUUUUUGCUUCCCCCUUGCAAACCAGCCAGGGAUUUUUAAUGCUGCGGCUCGGGUUCAGACCGAGUAGAGGAGCCACUUGCAGUGAGGAGAAUGAGUCCGCACUUGCCAGCCGGAGGAUGUCACUACUUUUCUCAGAAGACUGUCCUGCUCAACAUAUUGAUUGCUAGCUGACCAUUAUCUGCUGGAGAGGACUGGGGCGCCCACAGAGUCUGUGUGCAGCAAACAACUGACCUCAGCUUUACUUUCCACUCCACUCCACAUUUCGUGAGAGUGGCCAGCCCCAUGUCAGUAAGUGGGGUGAAUUUGCUUUACCAGGUCGGAGACGUGGCAUUAGGAGGUCCCGGAGGAGCAGCGCUGCCCGCCAUGUCCUCAGCCAACACGUCGGUGUCCAGCAGCCCCACGACAGGUCCAGAUGCCCGGGGCUGCGAGAACGGCGCCCUGAUGGACUCCUUCGGGAUUUUCCUACAAGGGCUUCUGGCUGUCGUCGCCUUCAGCACGUUGAUGUUGAAGCGCUUCAGGGAGCCCAAGCAUGAGAGGAGACCCUGGAGGAUCUGGUUCCUGGACACCUCCAAACAGGCCAUAGGGAUGCUGUUCAUCCACUUUGCCAAUGUCUACCUGUCCGACCUGACAGAGGAGGACCCCUGCUCACUAUACCUCAUUAACUUCCUGCUGGAUGCGUCUCUGGGCAUGUUGCUGAUCUAUGCCGGAGUUAGAGCCGUCAGUGCUAUAGUGGAAUGGAGGCAGUGGGACUCUCUGCGUUUUGGAGAAUAUGGAGAGCCAGUGCAGUGCACAGCAUGGGUGGGCCAGUGUGCCCUCUACAUCCUCAUCAUGAUGUUUGAGAAAGUCCUGAUCAUUCUGGUCCUCCUCAUCCCCCAGUGGAAAAAGCUGGCUCUCCUCAACCCCAUAGAAAAUCCUGACCUGGAACUGGCCAUCGUCAUGCUCAUCGUUCCAUUCUUCAUCAACGCCCUCAUGUUCUGGGUAGUUGAUAAUUUCCUAAUGAAGAAACACAGGACAAAAGCCAAGCUGGAGGAGAGGGAGGAGGACUCACGGGGGAACAGCAAAGUGCGCUACAGACGGGCUCUCUCCCAUGAAGACUCUGAGUCAGAGAUCCUUUUCUCAGCAGACGAUGAGAUGGAUGACUCAGAUGAGGAUGAUGUUCGUCGGCUCACGGGCCUGAAGACGGUGAAGAAGAAGAAGCAUCGCAUGGGGAUCCCCGUCUGACCUGUGUGCCUCGCUUGACUGUUUUGGUCUAAUCCGCUCUGGUAGCCAUUCACCUCAUAGUCCCACGCACAUUCCCUGUUCCUCCACAGAUUCUGAUUUCAGCCGCAGGAGUCGACCCCAAUCCUCUGAAACCCCAAAGCUUACAGUGGGUGUCCAUUGCUGGUGGAUGGAUAUCUGUGUGGGGGAGUAAGGAGGUGUGGAGUAUUUGAACACAUAAUGAAACGCAUCAAAUUCCCUUUAUUGUUGACUCCCAGAGGACUCAUGCACAAGCUGAGAUUUAAGACACUGGGAGGCAUUUUUGUUGCAGCUAACCUCGCACCGUGGCUCUUUGUUGCAUUUUGACAUGGCACUCAGUUUACGAGUGUCGGUUCAAAGACACUGUUUGGGAAAGGCAGUCCUUUCAUUAAAGAAAAUUGUAUUGCACCACUUAUGUAAGUAUAAAAGAAACAAAACGUUAACACAGUUUUAAUAAUGGUUGGACUCUGUGGCGAUGAGUAUGGUUUUGUGAUGCAGUGGUCUAGGGUCAUGUCGGUCUGACAAAUGCAAAUGGCCACAACAGAGACAAAGCAUCAUAUAAAGCCCUGCUAUCCAAACAGUUUGAUACGUUUGAUACUCUGAAACGCCGCCUCUCCUUUCCCAAAAACGAUUGUAUUCCUAAUAAUGCAGAUUCCAUAUAAACUGUAUGUCUUGUUUGUUUCCUCAUGUCGGCUUAACCACCAUGGCCUCUGGUGUGUGUGUGUGUGUGUGUGUGUUUGUGUGCGAGAGUGCCUGUGAACAUGCGUGCAUGCUCUAUGUUGGGGAGCAUUAUUUCCAAAAGUUUGAAUUGCUGUAUAGAUGUGACCCUAUCUCUUUCCAGCACAGUUAUACACUAUACAGUAUAUCUUGUAUGUGAUGCUAAUCAUGUCAAAGCCUGUGUUAUGGCUGCAGAGGGAGAGCAGCAAUGCUGGGUAACAACAAUUUUAAUCGUAACCCUUCUUCUUGUAGUGUCCUUUCCCCCUGUUAAACCUGUAGGUUAAAGGAUUACAAACACCACAGCAAGAUCAUCAACAUCAGCUCAGCCAGCGCUGUCCGUCUCUGUAGGCAUAAGACCGCGGUCUCUCUCUCUCUCUAUUUGUCCGUGACCGUUUUCCUGAUGUGCUCUGAUUGUCUGUGUAUUCUUCGUCUUUGAAUGUUUCUACUCCUAUUUUAUUUUGUUUUGUACAUUUUGAAUGUUACUUUCGGGCCAAAAAGGUGACAAAGCUUGCUCCAAAAGUGGUCUUUAUUCUGUCACACAGAAUAGAUAUGGGAUGCUCACAUUUCUUAAACAGUUUCCCAUUCAUCACGGCUUUGUUAGUGUUUUGUUUUGUUUUUGUUUGUGUGACGUUCCUGUGUUUUUGCGGUUUAUUCCAUUUGCUCUUUGUUCCAAUAACGUGCCUGAGUGGAAUUAACUAGUGUUGUUUUUUUGUUGGUUUGUUUGUUUGUUUGUUUUGGGUUUUUUUGACUGUUCAACCAGAGCCCCAGAUCUUCAGGCAUGAAGCAGCAUUCAGCAGGCUCUGAUGUUGAGAAUGUGACAGAAGCACAGACCUCUAAACUGUUAGUGACUGUGGACCAGACAUGGGAGAGUAAAAGUGUGAGUGUGUGUGUGUGUAUGUGUAUAGAUAAAAAUAGGUCGGCUCAAUAGAUAGAUAGAUAGAUAUAGAUAUAUAGAAUAUAGAUAUAUAAUGUAUACACCUGUAUGUAUGUGUGUGCGUGUGUGUGGUUGAAUACCAUACUGGUCCUUAAACGUAAAGGGAGGGUGGCAUAAACUGUGACUGCGAUGACUGUGGUGCUGGUAAUGAUUUCAGUAUGAUGUUCUUGACAUAUUAGUAAGGAAUAAAUGACGGUGUGUAUCUCACAGGAGGAAGGUACAGCAUCAUGAAAUAGUUAUGGUAACCCUCAGCUCGAGCAGUACAACGAGGGCUUUUAGUAUUUUGCAAAAUAAAACUAAUAAACAAUUAAAAUUACUUACAAAUGAUGGACGUAAAUUAUCAUUAUAUAUGCUUUUCCAAUAAAGUAUGUAAAACA